GAGUAAACAAAAUGACUGUUGUUGUCGGAACUCACUUUCAGCACUCAACCCUUCCUUUCUCCAGCUUUCGAGCUAAACCAGUCCACGUUAUUGUCGCCAAAAAUAGUGCUGAUUGCAUGAACGGCCGUGCAGCUCCGAUCAUGAUCAGCAGCGAUGUGGCUACUCAGCAUCAGCAGCGGCGGUCGGGAAACUAUGAGCCGGGGCAGUGGGGCCUCGAUAUCCCUCACCAGCUGCUACAGGCCAAAUACGACAACGCAGCAGCUGCCAACCGUACCUCUGCGGAAUAUUCGGGGUAUAGUAGACUGAGAAUUGAAGAGCUGAAAAGGUACGUGAAGGGUUUGCUGGAGAAGCACGUCGAGGAAAAUGAUGAGACGAAUAUGGUGAAAAGGCUGGAGCUGAUUGAUGCGGUGCAGCGGCUGGGAUUGGGUUACCAUUUCGAGAGAGAGAUUCAGACUGCUCUGGAGGCCAUCAUUGCUUCUUCUUCUUCCCACAAGUGGGCUGAGAGCCUACAUGCUUGCGCCCUCCGUUUCCGUCUCCUCAGACAGGCAGGAAUCCCGGUUUCUCCGGAUAUCUUCAAGGGAUUUAAAGACGAUAAUGGCGGAUUCAAGGCACAGAUAGUGAGAGAUGUCAAAGGGUUGUUGGAAUUGUAUGAAGCUUCAUAUCUGGGGCUGACAGGGGAGGAUAUAAUGGAGGAGGCCAAGGCUUUUGCUGUUAAGCAUCUGACACAGAUUGUCCAUAAUAACGAUGCUAACAACGUUGAUGAGUACUCGAAUCUAGUAAUGAUGCAAGUGAAGCAUAGUUUGGAGUUGCCCUUGCAAUGGAGAAUGCAGAGAGCCGAGACUAGCUGGUCCAUCCAGCUUUGCCAAGAUAGGGAACACGACAUCUCACCCCUUCUUCAGCUCGCCAAGUUGGAUUUCAACCUUGUCCAACGUCUGCACCAAAAUGAACUAGAGGAGCUGACAAGUUGGUGGAAAAAUUUGGGACUUAUUGAAAACCUGGAAUUCGCUAGAGAUCCUUUGGUGGUGAGCUUCCUAUGGGCUAUCGGGAUCACCUCUCACCCUGAAAUGGGAGAGUGCAGAAAAGCCAUGGCCAAGGUUGCAGUUAUGGUUCACAUCAUUGACGACGUCUACGAUGUAUAUGGUUACCUCGACGAGCUUGAGCUUUUCACAACUGCCAUUGAGAGGUGGGACAUCAAUGAGCUGGAUAAGCUUCCUCGUUAUCUGCAGCUAUGUUUCCUGGCCGUCUACAAUACUGGAAACGAGAUGUCUUAUGUCAACCUAAAGCAACAAGGAUUCAACAGCAUGCCUUAUAUACAAAAAGCGUGGGCGGAUCUCUGUGGUUCAUACUUGGAAGAAGCCAGAGCAUAUCAUUACGGGAGCAUUCAGAAUUUAGAACAAUAUUUGAGAAUUGCCUCCAAAUCAGUAGCUAGCAGCAUUGUUCUUAUUCAAGGCUACCUUUUUUCCCCAACUGAAAUCCUUCAAAAUGAUGCUUUGGAUCUCUUUAAGGAUGUCGAUCCCAACCUCACACGUUUGACUUCAAUCAUUGUUCGUUUAACCAAUGAUCUCGCGAGCUCAAAGGGGGAGUUGGAAAGGGGAGAUGUAGUGAAAGCAGUUGAAUGUUGCAUGAGAGAGAGCAAAUUAUCUGAAGAAGCUGCCCGAGAGCAUAUAAAUUGGAUGAUUGGCGAAAUGUGGAAAAUGGUGAAUGAAGAUAUCUGGUCUUCUCAAGGUUGGUUGAAUAAUAGUAGUAGUAACCCGAUGCUUCCUCCCACGUACGUGAAUCUAGCAGUGAAUGUUGCUCGAGCUAGUCAUUACAUAUAUAAGCACCAGAACUCGAAAGCAUCAUCUGUAGUGAAAGAUAAAAGCAGAGCAAUGACUUUGCUUUUUGAUGUACUUUAGUAGUGUAAUAUUAUCUUGUAGUUAAGGGAGAGUUAGGACAAUAAUGGGGUAUUUUUCCCUUUUAAUUUUUUCUCACAUCAAAUAUUUAAUUUUUCAUUAUAUUAUCAAACAUGUCUUAUGAUUCAAAGUUUUGAUAGCCUUAAGUUAAAUGAAGGUUGACUUAAUUCACGAAUGAGCAAAAUGACUAAGAUACGAUUGGGGGCUUACACUUUCACUCUUCUUUUCAAGGAUCUUUAGCUCUACUAAAUAAAGAAAAGAAU